AUGAUGAAACAACCCCUUGGGCAGCUUUUUACACCGGCUGGUAUCAACUUCUUCCAAGGCACCGUCGAGACAAUCGACACACACAAGCAAAUAGUCCAUGUCACAUCUCUAUCUGGUGACGAAUCUGAUAUUACUUACGACCGGCUUGUCCUUGCAGCCGGGAGCACAGUUGCGCGACCCAAGAGUGUUACCGGUCUCGAGCAGUAUGCCUUUGACAUUGAUUCCAUCGCAGCUGCCACCAAGCUUGAGUCUCAUAUCAAGAAUCUGGAAACCAUUCCCGUCGGCAAAGCUCGCAACACUGUGGUUGUCUGCGGAGGUGGCUUCACAGUCAUUGAGAUUGCGACAGAACUACCCAAUAUGCUCAAUAAUAUUGAGCACCCUCGCGUUGUUCUCGUUGAAAGUGCUCCAGUUAUUGGUCCUGAGCUUGGAGAAGGUCCUCGUCCAACGAUCAUGAAAGCUCUGAAUGCUCUCGGUGUUGAGCUCAAUCUCGGUGCUUCUGUUACUUCAGUUGACUCGAGUGGAGUCAAUCUUUCGUCUGGACAGCGGAUUGAAUCUAUGACUGUCAUCUGGACCGCUGGAGUGCGCGCAACAUCCCUGACACAGCAGAUUCCUGGCCAGAGAGACAUGCUCUCCCGACUUCACGUCGACCAAGAUCUCCGCGUUCCUGGCAGUCCUCACGUCUUUGCAACCGGUGACGCCGCCCAUGCGGCAACUGAUGCCAAGGGCAAUAUCGCCAUGCCCUCAUGCCAACACGCCAUCGUCCUCGGCCGUUUCUCAGGACAAAACGCAGCAGCAGACCUCCUCGGCGAGCCAACUCUUCCGUAUUCUCAACAUGGAUACGGCACUUGUCUUGGACCUUGGGGUGCGAUGUUAGCUAAUGGCUGGGACAGGGAGGUCACAGUGACAGGGCAGAUCGCGAAACAGGUGAAAAGAUACGUCAAUCAGAAAGCGAUCAGACUUCCAGAUACCGCCAAGGAGGCGCUAGAUGCUGCAGAUCCCGCUUCUUACGAAUCAUACAGUCGUCUCAAGCAUGUGAUCGGUGUAUUGGGGUGGACUUUGCGCAACUCCCUUUGUAACAAGAAGACGAGAGUUCCCUAG